CGAAACCCUUCCUGAAGUUUGACACAAUGGAUCAGGACAAAAAAAUGGCAAAACCACCAACAUGUGAUGGAAUACGUUGCUACUUCUUGCCAUGGCAACCGCGGACUGCAAACAAUUGGUUAGGUGGGAUUUUCACACGACACAGUGGCAACAAUGGCGUUCAAGGAUGUUCGAGAUUUGGCCGAACAGCUGAAGUUGCUAGGCUACCCGAGUAACAUUCCCAUAUCCGUGCUGAACACACCGUACGGUGGGCCGGAAAGUUUCAAAGCGUACUCGGACAUUCUUCAAUGGCUGAUCAAUCGAUUGGAGCCGAAUCUGGUGCUCGCUGGCGGCACACGGUCGGAGCACGAGCGCAUUCUGUUCGUCCGAUCCGCUACGGAGUUUCUGGUUACCAAAUCGAACAUCAAAGUAAAUCCGCGAAAAUUAUACGCCAGCUCGGUGGCAGCCGCGAAGGAGCUGCUCAAAGUGACGACGUUGCUUAUUUCAUCACCAAAGGUGACCGGACACGAGGAGGAAUCAAUCAAGUCGCACGUGGAAAUUGAUUUGUCCGAUAAAAUCGAUGAUCUCAAAACGGUCCGUGGACUAUCAUCCGAGCUCACCAAUCGAGGUGCGGUACUGUAUGAUUUGUUGAAGAAGGAGCUAGUAAACCGUGAGAUACGUAACGUACAGUCGACUAGAUCGUUGGAGCUCGUGGCGACGGAGAAAGUAAUCAGAAAUGCCAUAUCCUCGCUGCAAUCGAAACAUACUAGCUCCAAAGCCGUACUGGAAAAUCUGAAGGCAGAAAACAGCAACAUCGUCUCGAAGAUUUCUCGAAAAUCUUCCGAGCUGGAACGAUCCAAGCAGCGUCUUCAGGCGCUGCAGAAAGUAAGACCAGCUUACCUGGAGGAGUUCGAAAAGCUUGAACUGGAAUUAAAAGGCCUCUACGACCAGUACAUAGUUCGCAUACGGUGCGUCGACUCGUUACGAGCGCAGCUUAUAAGUAAAAAUCGAACUCCAACCCCUACCUCGCCUGUGGCGCGCAUCACGGAUAGUAGCAUGACGAUCCUCCCGGAAGGGCUGAUGGAAUCGGACGAUGAGAACGAGGAAGAUGACGAUUUCGAUGAGCGUGACGAUGUGAAGCUGAAAACGGAUCGUCGCGUCCUGCGAAGUGAGCUGCUGAAUCGUGACCGUGGCUCUACUAGAUUUCGGACUCGAACCGAUGGUGGAUCACCUGGUGGCAAGGAUCGCGGUAAAAUUAUCGGCAAUAUCGAGGACGAGCUGGGUCCGCUGGAUAGUUCGAUGAGCUCGGGCGAGUCGGAAAGUGACAUAGAAAUGGGAGGAAACGGAUUAAUCGAUGGUAGCCUGCGCACGGACGACGAUGAAGAUGAGAGCCUUGCCAAAAUGCCUAGAGAGAGCUCAACGCUUACCAGAGGCCCGAAACCCGACCUUAGCGAUGAAGACUUUUAAACAUCAUUUGUGAUCGGUUUAUUACUAUACGCAUUUGCAUUUUAUAAUA